AUGUGGCCGGUCAACUUUCUUAGUUCCAUCCUUCUCCACUCGCCUCCUCACCGCGACCCCACCCACCCCACCUUGACCCGUCUUGGCAUGCAAAGUGUCCGGCCAAACACAAUCGGCAGACGAAAGCCGCUGUAUCGUAUAAAAAGCCAAGACGCUCCGAUGCACCCACAGCGCAAGAUUGGCAGGUUCCCCGAAGACGGUGUGUUUGUCUGUGUCUGUCUAUAUGUCGGCUUGUUGGGGCUUUUGAAAGGUCGAUCCAGUCAAACGUGGAUCAGUCGACUUGGUGAUUCGGGCGUCCACCUCGAGUCGCGGAAACACAUGGGCCACAGGCGCUGGUGUAACUUUCUAAAGUUCACAUCACCAUGUGGAGAGGGCCACGCAGGGGGCACUUGCGUGCGCCAACUGCCUGACCUCGAGGCAGCCUACAACCGGAAUGAGUUCACCCUCAACCGGACGGCACGUCCGUCGAUCUGGUACUGGCCCUGGCAACACAUCAACCAUCAGCCCACCACAUCGCUCCACCCUGCUGCAACACCGGCAGCCGGCGCUGGGGCGUUCAACAUUGAAGCAAAAACACACCGAAAGAUUGUACUUCAUCGGGUCGUCUGCUGUACCUGCCCGUCGGCCCAUCCAAGUUGCAGUCCAUGUCUCCGUCUGUUGGUUUGUCCGCAUCAUUGUCCGUCUGUAUGUCUGUCCAUGUGUUCAUUCAUCCGUUGGUCUGUCCAUCUGUCCGGUUGUGCCUCGAUGUCUGUAGUCGUGUUGGGCUCGAGUCCUGCCGGUCGAGCCGAGCCUCGGCAGCCGAGGGUUGUCAAGGCGCGAAGAACCGUUUUCCGCAUCGCGGACUCUCUUGACGGCCAAUUCGAGGACACCUCCGGCAGCUACAUGCAACCCUCACAACUGUCGACCCUUCAAAGAGAUCUUUCACUUUUCGCUCCGGUUGCUGCUGCUGUUGGUACCAUCGCGGAGGGCACUUGA